GUUAAAACUAGAUCUAUAUGAAAUAUAGAGAUAUGUGGCCCUCUACAUGACAUACAUCUAUUUUUGGCUUUAAAAUAUUUUAAGAAUCACUGACAUUAACAGUAUCAUUAUAUCAGUGCUGUGAUUCCUUAUCUUCUGAAAAAUCUUCCACUGUUCAGUGUUUGAUACUUGACAAAGAAUAUGAUUAUCUGAUAACUGAUUAUGAUUAUAAUGAUCUACAGUUUAAGGCAGCUGCUAAGGUCAACAAAUGGGGCAGCGAGGAGGAAAAAGCGACCGCUCUAGUACUGGCCCUUAGAGGAAAGGCUUCCGAAGUACUCCAAUCCAUUCCAAACCAGCAGGAUUAUGCUGCUCUCGUCCAGGCUAUGGAGCUUCAAUACGGGGACGAGCAUUAACAGGAAGUUUAUAGGGUCCAGCUGAAGACCAGACAACAGCGGGUCAGUGAAACCCUACAAGAGCUAAAGACGGACAUUGAACGACUUGCCCAUCUGGCAUACCCCACAGCAGCACAGGAGUUCCUCGAAGUAAUCGUCACUGAUGCCUUCAUCGAUGCCGUUCGAAAUCCAGAGCUAAAGGCCAGCGAAGCCCUUGUGUAUGCGAGGAUGGACUAAAUGAAUGGGGGCAGAGGAAGAGGAUCAAGUGCGAGAAGAUCGGAAUGGUCCUUGUUAUGGUGAUCUAUUUUGAUUAAACUUUGUAUUGUCUUUGUUCCCAUACCUCAUUGAGUUGCCUCCUUUAAAUGUUGUAACAAUACACAGUGAAAUUCAAGAAAUUAAUAUUUUGCGCUACUGCUGAAUGAAAUAUAUUUAUAAUCAAGUAGAUCUAUGUCAAUAAAGAUAGCCGCCAAGCAGUGUUUGAAUCUGUAAACUCGGGUACUGUGGUACAUCUUAAUGUGAACUCAAAAAGGACACUAGCCAAAGCUAAAUGAUAAUCAGCAUUAGGAAACAUCUCUGUCUAAGGCAGCUGAAAUGACAACUUUUUGUUCUUCUGUAGACAACAUGUGGAUUUGUCUCAAUAAUUCACUUAAACUCUGGGAACAGAAUGAGUGAGGAAAUUUUUCUGCAGAGAACAAUAAAAAAAAAGUCAAGAUAUCUUUAUUACUCAAAUAUGAUAUACAAUGAAAACUGAAUUGCCCUUGGAGGACCCUGUGUUAGUCAAUUGCUGGAAAAGAUAUGAAAUAAGAAAGAUUGAAAUCACAUGAUAGAAGUCAAGAAGAAUCCCUCCACAUUUACAUUGUUGGUCCUUUUAUGUCUGAUCACUCUAACUUUGCAGUUUGAUCAACCCAAGGGCCGUCUUGUGCGAGCUAUAGGUGGUGAAACUUUCUCUAAAGGCCGUUGGCCAUGGCUGGUUCUGUUGGAAGCAAGAAUUGUUACAGAAAGGUUGUUUGGAGUUUUUCCCAUAAGAUAUAACACAGUUACUUGUGGAGGAGUCCUGAUCUCCAAGCAGUGGAUACUAACUGCAGCACAUUGCUUCACUGAUGUUGGCAGCACAGUUGCUACAAGGAGCUGGAAGGCCAGACUAGGGUCUGUAAGAUUAAGACCCUCUGUUAGUGAUAAAAUUUGGCAUCUUGUGGGGCACAUCAUGGAUAAAGAUGAACUCAAACAGUGGCUGUUAAAAAUAGAAAAGAUCGUCAUUCAUCCUGGUUACAACAAAAAUGAUCUUUAUGGGGAUGACAUUGCAAUGGUUAAGUUGUCACGUUCAAUGCCAGGUGGAGGUCAUUUUCCGAACAUCAAAAGUGUCCCACUUCCAAGUGAGAAAGAUGUUGAUUUCCCAGAACCUGGAUUACAGUGUGUAACAAAAGGCUGGGGGUGCACAUCUUUAAAUUCUGGUCUCUCAAGCCAAGCUCGACAAAUUUUAAUUCCUGUAUUACCCAAUGUACUGUGUGAAAGGCUUUAUAGUAAACAAAUGAAGUCCAGAAUCUGUGCUGGAUAUCACCAAAAAGGUGUUGGAAUCUGUAAGGGUGACAGUGGCAGUCCAUUGGUAUGUCAGAGGAAUGACCAGUAUAUUCUGGCAGGGAUAGCAUCAUUCACCAGUAGAUUUAGUCCAGAGAGUUCUCCAGCAGUUUUUGCAAAGGUUCAAGACUAUUUACCAUGGAUUAAUGACACUAUCAAUGCUUAUAAAUAAUUGUCAACAAAGGCAACAUAAUGUUUAACAAAACACAACAUAAUGUAAAAUAAAACACAAUAAAACAAUGUGCAUCAUACUGUAAGGAAACAAAUGACUUGAAAUGCUUUUUUUUCUCAAGUAGUUCUUUUUUCCACUAUUAAGUGAAUUUAGGACAAUUUGCAAGUACUCAUCCAGUAUUAGCAUCUUAACAGCCAUUCACACAAUAUUAAGCUAUGUUUUUAUGUAAACUGUUAUUGUAAAUUAUUCCUAAAAUUCAUGGAAAUAAAAAAAAAAGAUAUUUAUUUUAGCUAAUUUUUAAAUUUAUUUAAUUCACAUCUAUUCACACCUCAUGUUCAGUAAAAAAAAAAAAAACUCACAAGAGAGUAUUAUAUAAAUAA